AUGCCUUCGAAAAAAGGGAGUGGCCCUUCAAAGGGCAAAAAGCCUGCGGCUAAGGCCCCGGCUAAAAGGCCUGUGCCUGCUGGGUCUUCUUCCGAUGAGGACUCCGAGGCUGUUAGCCAGCAAGAGAUACUGAGAAGGCUGGCUGCUCUAGAGAAGGGUACUGGGGCCUCUGCUGGGGUUGUAGGUGGUGGAGAGCGAUCUAGACCAGUUCGAGGGGCAGCUAGGGAUGCUGUUAAUAAGGAGAUCCUUAGACGCCUUUCUGCAUUGGAAAGUUCUGCAGGUACUGCUGCCAAGGAAUCCGGUGGAGCCAGUGGGUCGGCAAGCCUGAGUGACGCUGGUACAACGCAGACAGUUGAUUUGGAGCAGGAGGCUAUGGUGGAUCCGACGCCGGUUGCUUUGGCAGUGGAGCCCGGGGAAGGUGCUGUGUCCUGCCGUGAGAAACGAAGAAUUUUGAUCUGCGGGCACAGUAUGGUGUUUUGGGCGGCUCAUCAGGCCAGGCGGUCAGCUGUCGGGUCGCAGCUGGGCCUGAGCGAGUGGGCUGCAGUGGAGUGGCAGGGCCGGCGGGGCCUGCGUUGGCCUGGUUUGUUGCCACUGUUGUUUGGGCGUAGUGGGCCUGUCCCGCACAUCUUGGUUAUUCAUUUAGGGGGGAAUGAUUUGGGGUUCCUUCAUGGGAGGGCCUUGUCACUGCAGGCCAAGUGGGACUUGCGGGAGAUUCUGCGGAGGUGGCCCGAUGUCCUUAUAAUGUGGUCCGCUAUGUUGCCUCGCAGGGUCUGGCGGGAGGCGAGGGACCGGCGAGCUAUCGAAAGGGCUAGAAUGAAGGCCAAUCGGGCUAUUCAGAAAGCCCUCGGGGAAGGUUUAGGGGUUUAUUUGCCCCAUCCCAGGAUCAGGGCCGAGGUUGCCGGCCUCUAUCGUAAGGAUGGGGUUCACCUGUCUGAGGCCGGCAACCAAAUUUUCCUCAAUGACUUGCGGCAAGGUCUUCGGUUAGCCCUGGGCCAGUAGUGGGGCGCUAGGGCCUAAGCAGAGGCUUGGCCCUGGCGUUGGCGGGAUAGAGUUGGGCUUUAGUCAGCGGGCCGGUGAGCACCCUUGGCGCUUCCCUAGGUGUGGGGAAGAGGGGUCUGCUAGGAGCGGCUGGUACUGCUUGUGACGGCUGCCAGCGCGCGUGGGCAGGCUGCCUAGGUAACCCCAAGUGCAAGUCCAGCCUCACUGCUGUACGGCUGAGGAUUGGGAGCUUGGAAGGGGGAACCAAUUUGCCAGGCUGUCCGGGUAUCCUAGUCAUCUUUUGGAUGGUUAGCACCCGGGGCUUCGGGGCUCGCCCAGGCAGGUCAAGGCGGGGGUCUUUGGAUUGACCACGUGGCUUGACCUGUACCGCUUUAACCUUGCCGCAGUUUGUUGAAAGUUAAUGUUGAGGUUAAUUUAAUAAAGUGGCCCUUAGAUCCAACACUG